AUGGCAACUUUGAACCCUUUUGAUCUGUUGGAUGACGGCGCUGAGGAUCCGAGCCAGAUCGCCGUUUCCAUCGCUGCAGAUAAGCCUAAGAAACCUGCACCUGUUUCCGCCGUCUCUGCUAAGUCAUCUGCUCCGUCGAGGCAGCUUGCUCAACCUGUGAGAGAGGCUAGGAGUGAUGCUCCACGUGGUGGUGGACGUGGUGGUGGAGACGGUGGUGGUCGACGUGGUGAAGCUGGUGACGGUGAACGUCCUCGAAGGACAUUCGAGCGUCAUAGUGGAACUGACAGAGAGGGUGACAUCAAAAGCGAAGAAGCUGGUUGUGGAAAUUGGGGAACACCAGGAGAAGAAGUUGUUGUUGUGGAGACUGAAGAAGUUGCUGGUGUUGAGACUGAGAAGCCUGCUGGUGAUGAGGUUGCUGCUGAUGCUAACAAGGAGAACACUGCUGAAGUGGAGGAGCAGAAAGAGUCUGAAGAUAAGGGUUCUGAUAAGGACAAACGCAAAGAUGACAAAGAAGAGAAGGCUAAGAAGGCUGUGAACAUCAACGAGUUUUUGAAACCAGGUGAGGGUGAGAACUACUACCGAGGAGGAGGUCGUGGUGGUCGUGGAAGGGGACGUGGUGGUCAUGACGGGGAAGGUGCUUCUGGUGGUGGAUUUGAUGGUUACCGUAGUGAAGCUGCGCCUGCCAUUGGAGAUACUGCUCAGUUCCCAUCUCUUGGGGGCAAGUAG